ACAUAAGGAGGGGAGAGGGGCAGAAAGGAUCGUCCCUCUCCCAAAAUUUAUGUUCUUCUAUCUUAAAUUAUUCAUAAUUAUUAAAUUAUAUGUAAAUUUGAAAAUAUUUUUAUCUCAAAUUAUUCACAAUUAUUAAAUUAUAUGUAAAUUUUAAGAGAUAUCAAAUAGUUGUGAUAGUUGUGAUGGAUUUUAGUACCGGAGACAGAAAUCCUUUGGCGAAGAGAGGGAGAAAAGAGAGUGUGUUUUUGCGAGUCCGUUAAUUUCAGUUUAUAUAAAAAAUUUGAAUGAGUGAGAGAGAAACAACAAUGGUGUCCGACCAGGACAUAGCUGAAGCCCUAGAGUCUCUUCUUCGCCAAACAAACCCUAGCUUCACCGCCUUCACCUCCUUCAACAGCGUCGUUCACCAUUUGGAAUCCAAGCUAGGGUUAGACCUCACUCCCAAGCUCGAUUUCAUCCAGAACCAGAUCCACCUCCUCCUCCUCCUCCGAUCUCACCCUCCUCCACCACCCCUCCACCACCACCAACCCCCUCCAAAAACCCAUUUUCUCCUCCACCAAAACCCUAAUUUCCGCCAACCCCCUCUUUUCGCCGCCGACGAGCUCGGUUUCCGACCACCGCCGUCUACGAAGACUGAAUCCUCCGCCCCCGCUACUACUGACGCCGCCCCUAUCGAAUCCCCCAAAGAGAGUUCUCAAACUGGAAAAAAGAGGAGAGGUGGGCCAGGUGGGCUAAACAAACUUUGUGGGGUUUCACCUGAACUUCAGGCCAUUGUCGGGCAUCCAGCACUGCCUAGGACUGAGAUUGUGAAGCAGUUGUGGGCUUACAUAAGGAAAAACAAUCUUCAAGAUCCAAGUAACAAAAGGAAGAUAAUUUGCAAUGAUGAGCUACGUUUAGUGUUUGAGACAGACUGUACUGACAUGUUCAAGAUGAAUAAAUUGCUAGCUAAACAUAUUAUCACACUUGAACCUGCAAAACCGGUAGGUCGAAAUUCUAAGAAACCAAAAGUAGAGGUGGAAUUAGAGACAAAAAGUGCUGAGUCUGAACCAGCUGUGAUAAUAUCUGAAGCCCUUGCAAAUUUUUUUGGUACUAGUGGAAGGGAGAUGAUUCAGUCUGAGGUCUUAAGACAUGUUUGGGAGUACAUAAAGGUCAACCAACUUGAGGAUCCUCUGAAUUCAGUGGUAAUUCUAUGUGAUACAAAGCUUCAAGAGCUUUUUGGUUGUGCAAGCAUUUCUGCAUUGGGGAUACCUGAAAUGUUGGCACGCCAUCAUCUAUUCGAGAGAUCAGGAUAAGUGAUCAUGUUGACUGCCUUACCAAUUGCGUCAAAUGAUCUGUGACCGACACUAAUGGAACGUAUGAUUCCUUGUAGAUACAGGUUAUUCUUACUCUUACCUAUUAUGCUCCGAUCUUAUAGCAAUACUACCUGGAAAUUUUUAUUUGGUUUCUCUGCUUUGGUUAUUUAAAUUUCAUGUUCUUCACUCAGCUAGGUUUAAGUUGCAAGUAGAAUGGAAGUGUACAUGGGGACUGAUGGUGAGUUGUGCUAUGUACUAGUUGGCAUCACCAUCCUCUGACCUAGGGUUAUUAUUUUGUUAUUUGGCAUCUUAGGGUAUAUUUUCUGCCGGAAUUUCUAACUGUUGUAAAUGGCAGACAAUAGGAAAACAGGGGUCGAUGUAAAGGAUGAUAUUGUAUUAACCCUUUUAUUUGAUAAUGCAAGGAUAUUGACUUAAGAUCUGCAGA